AGGUGUGCGAGGAGCAGAAGUGCGAAGAAGAGGUCUUCCCCUUGGCCAUGAAUUAUGUGGAUCGCUACCUGUCGUCAGUCCCCAUGCGGAAAAACCACUUGCAGCUUCUGGGAGCCGUCUGCAUGCUCCUGGCUUCCAAGCUGCGAGAAACCAUGCCCCUGACUGUGGAGAAACUCUGCAUUUACACAGACAACUCCAUCACGCCUCAGCAGCUCCUGGAUUGGGAGGUUCUAGUCCUGGAGAAGCUAAAGUGGGACCUGGUCUCAGUGAUAGCAAACGAUUUCUUGGCUCACAUCCUCCAUCACCUCCCACUGCCUAAGGACAAGAUGGAGCUGGUGAAGAAACAUGCACAGACCUUUAUCGCCCUGUGUGCCACAGACUACACUUUUGCCAUGUACCCCCCUUCCAUGAUUGCAACAGGCAGUAUCGGAGCAGCGAUCCAUGGCCUGACGGUCUCUGUGAACAAUUUCACCGGUGAGGCGAUCACCGAGCUGCUGGCCAGCAUCACUGGCACGGAGGUGGACUGCCUGAAAGCCUGUCAGGAGCAGAUUGAGGCAGCCUUAGCCGAGAGCCUGAAACAGGCGUCCCAGACCCAACAGGAAUACAGCACCGCCAAGACUGCUGCUUACUCGGCCAGCCAGCCCACCAGCACGCCCACAGACGUCACGGACAUCAACCUGUGACCAGCCUCCCCUUCCCGAGAGCCGCCGGCCCCGCCGCAGCAGGACCUCGCCCUGGACACCGACAGGUCGCUGCAUCC